AUGGAGACUUUAGCCGGGGCUGCACGUGCUAGACCGGCGCUGCUUCAAGAUGGAGACUUUGGCGGCGCCACGGGAACCUUGGGCCUGGGGGGCUUGCGGAGUGUCCAGGCUGGUGAUAUCCUUGGUCUGAACUGGUGGCAUCAAGGAGGAGGAAUUCCAAGGAUCUCACAAGAUAAUUGGUUAGAAGAGGGAGGAGGUGAAAGGUCAAGGCCUUUUCAGGUUACAGAGAUUAGUUUGAGUACAAACGUAGGUCAGCUGAUGAGUCACAUCACAUCAGAAGAGGGAGAAAUCCCAGGUGUCAAGGCCUGUAGGAUACGACCUGACUCUUUCCUGAAGACCCCCUCAUCAAAAGUCAUCAUGUCAAACUCCCGCACUCCAAAAAAUGUAUCUCUCACAUUUGAGCCAAAUUUUAAUAUCCAAAAUGAGAUUGAGAUGGAUUAUGUGGAGGUAGAACAGGUGGGCUUACCUAAUGGCACUGAAAGGGCAGAGGAAGAGGAGGAUAAGGUAAAAGAGGAAGAGGGGGAAGGGCAACAGGAACUAGAGCAGGAGAAACAGAAACAGCAGGAGUAUGAAAAUUAUCAGGAGGGUGAGGAAGAGGAAGAACAAAUGGAAGGGGAGGAUCAGGAACAGGAGCAGGAAAAAAAAGAAAAACAGGACAUGUCUGCUGAUUUUGUCUUAAAUCUUUCCAAUAGUUCUGUGAGCUCUGAUCUUUCCUCAGUAAUUUGGAGAGAAUCAGUUGACAGCUGUAGCUUCCAGGAAUCAGAUGAUAGCUCUUCGCAUAUGUCAAUUGAUUCCUGGUCCAGUUUUUCACUUGACUCGAAGGUGAUUGAUUUGGUGCAGUUCAUUAUUUUCAAGUAUCGAUUGAAGGAUCCCAUCAUUACCAUGGAAGAAAUGCUGGAGGUUAUCACUGAUGGGCAUGAACAGUUCCCUGUGAUCUUUAAGAAAGCCUCUAAGUGCUUGGAGGUGAUAUGUGGUAUUGAUAUAAAGGAAGUGGACUCUAAUACUCAGUCCUAUGUCCUUUUUGACUCAUUGAGCCUUACCUAUGAUGGGAUACUCAGUGACAAAGAGAGCAUGCCUAAUAAGGGUCUCCUAGUAAUUGUCCUGGGUGUGAUUUUUAUUGAGGGCAACUGUGCCCAUGAGGAAGAUAUGUGGGAUUUCCUUAAUAUUAUUGGAGUAUAUGCUGGAAGGAGUCACUUCAUUUAUGGGGAGCCCAUGAACCUCCUUACCAGGGAGUGGGUGCAGGAGAAUUAUCUGGAAUAUAAGCAAGUGCCUAACAGUGCUCCUCCAUGUUAUAACUUCCUGUGGGGCCCAAGGGCCUAUGCUGAAAUCAACAAGUUGGAAGUUAUGCAGUUUUUGAUUAAGAUCAAAAUUACUGAUCCAACUUCCUUCCUAUUCUGGUAUCGGCAGGCUAUGAAAGAUGAGGAAAAGAAAAUUAGGAACAUGGUUCACCCCAGAGAUAGUACUACUGCCCUGAGAACUGCACAUUUGUCAGAGUCUCCUGCCCCAACUGAAGAAUGA